ACAGUUCCCAGCAGCUAACUAAGCUGAAGCUAGGCUAACUAGCCGCUACAUAGUGACAUGUAGUCAACUUUACACUCAGUCUCAAUGAAGGAGCUUCCAGAGUGAUUGGGACAUGGAGUUAAGAAAUAUCAAGGACCAGUCUCCAUUGGUCCAGGCUAUAUUCAGCCAAAACGCAGAAGAAGUGACAUUUUUGUUGAACCAUGAUGAAGAUGUCAAUUCACUGGACCAAGAACAAAGCACACCCCUUCAUGCUGCUGCUUAUUUGGGCAAUGUCCACGCUAUGGACAUGCUUAUUACUUCAGGUGCAAAUGUCAACGCUAAGGACCAGGGUUUGCUGACACCUUUACAUCGAGCAGCUGCCUCUCGAAAUGAAAAAGCGGUGGAGCUGCUACUAAAGCACAGAGCGGAGGUCAACACACGAGACAAGUACUGGCAUACACCUUUACACAUGGCAGCUGCAAAGUGGGCCACAGGCUGCGCUGAAGCUCUGAUACCACAUGUGUGCAGCCUGGAUGUUGCCGACAGGUCUGGAAGGACACCACUGCAUCAUGCAGCGCACAGCGGCCAUGAAGAGAUGGUGAACUUGCUUCUGAGAAAAGGUGCCAAUGUCAGUGCCAAAGAUAAAAAGGAAAGGCAGGCAAUCCACUGGGCUGCAUACCUCGGACAUGUGGAGGUUGUGAAGCUGCUGGUGUCUCACAGUGCUGAUGUGAUGUGCAAGGACAAACGUGGUUACACUCCGCUCCAUGCUGCAGCUGCCAGUGGACAGUCAGACGUGGUCAAAUAUCUGUUGAGACUGAUGGUGGAGACUGAUGAACCUAACAUUUUUGGGAACACAGCGCUCCACAUGGCCUGUCACACGGGGCAGGACGCUGUGGCCACUGAGCUGGUGAACUGUGGUGCCAACAUUAAUCAGCCCAACCACAACGGCAGCACGCCGCUGCACCUGUCUGCCGCCUCGUCCAGCGGGGUGCUGUGUCUCGAGCUGCUAAUCAACAAUGGUGCUGAUGUCAACGUGCAGAACAAAGAAGGGAAGAGUCCCCUGCAUAUGGCUGCUAUGCACGGGCGCUUCACAGGCUCCCAGAUUCUGAUCCAAAAUGGUGGGGAGGUUGACUGUGCUGACAUGUUUGGAAACACUCCUCUUCAUGUUGCUGCCAGAUACGGUCAGGAACUGCUUAUCAGCACUCUGCUGACAAACGGUGCCGAUAAGACCAGACAGGGCAUUAAUGGGAUGCUACCGCUGCAUCUGGCAGUGCUCUACGGAUUUCCAGACUGCUGUCGAAAGUUACUGUCUAAUGGCCAGUUUUACAUCAUGCCGUCUCAAGUGCCGACAACUGGGGAUGAUAUAAACAUCAUAGAUGACCAAGGGAGGACCUGCCUGCAUGCAGCUGCCUCUGGAGGAAAUGUUGACUGUCUGAACUUGCUGUUGAACAGCGCCGCUGCUGACCUGGAUGCAAAAGAUAAUUUGGGACGAUCUCCUUUGCACUACGCUGUAGCUAACGGGUACAGCCAAUGCACGGUCUCUCUAGUGAGAGCCGGCGCUGAUGUCAAUGAGCUGGACCUGACGGGCUGCAGCCCUCUGCACUACGCUGCUGCUUCUCACACCUUUUGUGGAGGUGAAACAAACUCUGGGUCUGACCUCAGAGAGGGAAAGGAACAAGAAGCCUCUCUGUGUUUGGAGUUCUUGCUUGACAACGGGGCAAACCCAACUCUAAAGAACAGUAAGGGUUACAGUGCCGUCCACUAUGCAGCAGCUUAUGGGAACAAACAGCACCUGGAACUGCUCCUGGAGAUUUCAUUCAACUGUCUAGAAGAGGUUGAAAGUAAUAUUCCAGUCAGUCCUUUGCACUUAGCUGCGUAUUAUGGUCACUGUGAAGCGCUGCGUCUGCUCUGUGAGACAUUAGUGAGUCUGGAUGUGCGGGACAUUGAAGGCAGGACUGCCCUCCACCUCGCUGCUCGGAGAGGUUUUUCCCCGUGUGUGGAGGUGCUGCUGAAGCAUCAAGCCUCUUACACACUGAAGGAGCACAAGCACAAGAGGACGGCUCUCCAUGCUGCAGCUGCUGAGGGCCAAAUGGACUGUCUGCUUUUAUUGGUCAACGGGGAACAAAGCGGCGACGUCAUUGACAGUCUAGAUACACAGGGACAGACGGCUCUCAUGCUGGCAGCUCUGGGUUGUCACAUCGACUGUGUCCACAUCCUGUUGGAGAAAGGAGCGAAUGCUGAUGCUGCAGACAAAAAGGGCUUCACUGCAUUACACAGAGCUGCCAUGUUGGGCAGUGAGGACUGUGUAUCUGCUCUGUUGGAACACGGGGCCUCUUCUCUGUGUAGAGACUCUCAGGGACGGACCCCGCUGCACCUCGCAGCAUCCUGCGGUCACACGGAGCUGCUUCGAACCUUGCUACAGGCUGCUGUGAAAGCCGACCCUCUGGACUCCAUAUUGGACUACAGAGGCUACACGCCCACACACUGGGCUGCCCAUCACGGGCGUGAAGGAUGUUUACAAAUUUUACUUGAAAACAAACUUUUUAGCAACCAUGAGGGAAAUCUCUUCACCGCAUUGCACUGCGCUCUAGUUAAUGGACAUGAUGUUGCUGCUGGACUUCUAGUGAAAACUGUUGGCCCUCAAAUCGUUAAUGUUAGCGAUGCCAAAGGAAGGACUCCGCUGCAUGCGGCUGCUUAUUCAGGAAAUGUUGCUGGGCUCCAGCUGGUUCUGGCCCAGGGAGCGGACAUCAAUGCUGUGGAUCACUGUGGACGCUCUGCCAUGAUGGUUGCUGCUGACUGUGGACAGACUAUGGCUGUUGAGUUCUUGCUGCACAAAGUGAAUCCAGACCUGACCCUGGUGGAUGUCAAUAAUAACACUGCCCUUCACUUAGCGUGCAGCAAGGGUCAUGAGAUGUGUGCCCUGCUGAUCCUUGGGGAGAUCAGCGACUCAUCCCUCAUAAAUGCAACAAACAGCGCCCUCCAAAUGCCCCUCCACAUUGCAGCAAGGAAAGGCCUGGCCACUGUAGUGCAGGUGUUAUUGAGCAGAGGAGCAGCAGUCAUGGCUGUAGAUGAGGAAGGCCACACCCCGGCUCUGGCAUGUGCCCCCAACAAGAACGUGGCAGCCUGUCUGGCCCUGAUCCUCUCCACCAUGAAGCCUUUCCCUCCCAGAGAGGGCGCCGCCAGUACAGCUUCCCACUUUAACCCCAUCCUGAAGAACUGUGGCAUUGCUGCCACCUGCGGUUCCAGCGGUAACCUGUGUCACGCCUAGGUUGAGGUGAUACAAAGGGACUCUGUGGGCCCGCACAGCUAUUUGACAGGGUGAUAUUUAAUCCCAGUGUAGCCCAAAGUGUCCACGCCUCAACAUGCACACACACACACACACACACACACACACGCGUGUGGUCAUGCAUAUCUUCUCUGGCGUGACAUUUAUACAUGUGUCAUAUGCAGCUGCAUGCACACCAUGCACUAGUAGCAGUGAUUGCUUCUCUAAAAUCUAGUCUUACACAUUGCUAAUAUUAGCAGGCCUUUUAAAUGAUCUUCUGUCACUUGAGUUGAGUUUAGCACACAUAAUGUAUAUGUUAUCUUAAUGAAGUACUAACCAUUAGAAAUCAAUGGAAGUUUUAACAUAAGCACACUACACAAGCCUCUCCACUUGAACCCCGUCCGCUGAAACCUCUGUUUGUCUUCAGCUGACACAAGUGCACAAAUAUUUGAAUGAUUGUGUGAUUAUUUUACAUACGAGUGAGUCUGCAAGUGCUAUUUUGCAUAGGAGAACAUGCUUCUUAAUAUACUUGUUUAAAAAUAUCUAACCGGUGCUUUAAACCUUUUAUGCAAUUAUUAAGACUCUAUUUUUCUAUCCUGUCCAGAGUGUAGCAAACAGAACAUUGAUAUGAAUAACCUCAUUAUUCUAAUAUUAUCAUGAUUAUAUUUCCGUUAAGUAAAGUAACAAGCAUGUGUUUAGAAGUAGUUAUUUAGUUUAAAAAGUCUAGUGUAUAUACAGUUAUUGAAAUGAAGUUAACCUUUUACUUGUAUUAUCUUUAAAAAAUAUCCCAAAUUAUUGAGAGUUAAACUCAGGUCACUGCGUACUGUACUGUGGGUGCAAUGAAAAGCACAUUUUGAGCUGGAUGUUGGAUGCAUAGCAAAUGUAUAACAGAAGUAUUAUAUUUCAGUUAAAUAAGCCAGUGAAUUAAAUACAGACAAUAAAGGUCAAGGAAAUGAAUGACAUAUCUGUUGAUGUGAACAGUUUAAAGCACAGGAAAAUAAGCUUUCAGUCUCUGAGUGUUAAAAGUCUUUCACAAGUACGUAAUUUUACUACAUUUGCAGCUAAAGAUCGAUUUCAUUUUUGAUUAAUUAAUUGACAUUUCUUUUAACAAAUAACUAAGUGCACAUUGCAAGUUCCAAGUACCCAUGGUGUAUCUCUAAAUUGCUUUUUUUCUGAUUAGCAGUCUAAAAUCCAAAGAUAUUUAAUUUACACUGAUAACAAACUGUCGCAAAGGUAGUUAUUCCACCGUGUGCCAUUUCUGCUAAGUAGGUAUAGCUACUGUAAGUUAUUUUGUUGAGUUGCCUCUUAGCAAAAUGCUCUCAUGUAAGCAGUGAUGCAGUGUGUCUUUCUAGGGCUUUUAUUGCGAAAGGUAAGAAUGGAAGAACUGAAGCUGUAUUGCGCCGUCGUUAACAAUGUGGAGGACACUUAUCCUAUUCCUAAUGAUGAAUUAAAGCAAAAAACUUUUAACAUUUCACCUUUUUUGUCAUUGCUAUGUUGUCAGUGGGCAUUUAAAUGAAAUGUAAGAACCUGCUCACAUCUAACGGCAAAAACAGUUUCUGUGAAACACUAGAAACUGAAAUUGUCUACUAAAUGUCACACGAUUCAAAAAUAAUAAUAAGAAACAUUGGCAACACUCACAGAAUUAAGUGUUUUUCCAGUAAUUUUUCACUUGAAUAAAAUGAGCACAAUGGUACAAAUGUCACUGCCUCGCACUCUAUAAAGAUAACAUUUUUAUAAAUGGUGUUUUGCAGAUUAAAUGUUUUAUCUUUUUGUAAUUCAAAAGCCAUAUAUACACACAUACUUUAAUAUUCUCCCCCUUGCUGAUACAUUUUAUUUAGUAAUGCCUGCUGUGUUAUCUUAAAAUGGCUUUUAACUGUUUGCACUCUGACAUGAAAGUUUACAUUUUACAGUAGGGUGUCCUUCUUAGGUUUAUGCAAAAAUGAUAUCAAAAUGAAAGUGCUUUUUACAAAAUUACUUUAAAGAUA